AUGUCCCUUCCAAUCUUGUCAAGAUCGCAGCUCUGGUGGUGGGUGCUGACUGCUCUGGAAUGUAUUUGUGCGGCGUUUACCCGAGGAUACGGCCGCAAAAUCCGCCCAUACUCUAUCUCCACCUCUGGGCAGACAGUGCCUCUCUCGAGUCUGCCGAUCAGGCAUCGCUGGUUCUUGGGGGACGCUCACUCUAUCAUGUGCCUCACCACAAUUGACGAGCUGGCAGGGCCCGUCGGUCUCGUCUAUUUCCCUGCGAUGACGGAGCGCACAGUCGCUUUACCUUGGCGCUAUGCGCAGUCGGGGAUGCCAGCCCGUCGCAAUCACGUCCUCGCCAGCUGA